AUGACUGAGACUACAAAUGCAAAUAUUGCUACAUUUUUCAGCAAAUAUGUAGACAAGAACAAUGUCUUCUCUUGGAACUCUAUCAUUGCCGAUUUGGCUAGGAGCGGAGACUCAGUCGAGGCGCUUCGGGCUUUCGCUUCUAUGCGGAAGCUCUCUCUUAGACCGAAUCGUUCCUCAUUCCCCUGUGCCAUCAAAUCGUGUUCUGCCCUUUGUGAUCUCACUUCUGGCAGGCAGGUCCACCAGCAAGUUUUGAUCUUUGGGUAUGGGUAUGACCUUUUCGUGUCGUCGUCACUAAUUGAUAUGUACUCCAAGUGUGGUAAGCUCAAAGACGCGAGAUUACUAUUCGAUGAAAUUCCCCAACGAAACGUGGUUUCUUGGACGUCUAUGAUUACUGGGUAUAUACAAAGUGACCACGCCGGUGAUGCUCUCUUGCUCUUCAAAGAACUUUUGGUUGAAGAGAGCGAGAGCCUAGGGGAGAAGGAAGUGUAUGUUGAUGCAGUGGCAUUGGUGUCUGUUCUAUCUGCUUGUUCUCGGGUUUCAGGGAAAACUAUGACACAGGGGGUUCAUGGUUUUGCAAUAAAAAGAGGGCUUGAUGAGCAUUUGGGUGUAGGGAAUACACUAAUUGAUGCUUAUGCAAAGUGUAGCGAGGUAGGCUUGUCUAAGAAGGUGUUUGAAGAGAUGGCUGAGAAGGAUGUCAUAUCUUGGAACUCAAUUAUUGCAGUUUAUGCUCAAAAUGGGCUUUCCUCUGAAGCAAUAGAAAUGUUUCAUUUACUGGUGAAAGAUAAAGAAGUUCAAUACAAUGCUGUCACCUUGUCCACCCUACUGUUGGCAUGUGCACAUGCUGGAGCUCUUCAUGCUGGGAAGUGCAUACAUGAUCAGGUCAUAAAAAUGAGUCUGGAAGAUAAUGUAUAUGUUGGCACCUCAAUCAUUGACAUGUAUUGCAAAUGUAGGAGAUUAGAGAUGGCUAGGAAGGCAUUCAAUCAUAUGAAAGAAAAGAAUGUAAAGUCAUGGUCUGCCAUGAUUGCUGGUUAUGGAAUGCAUGGGCAAGCCAAGGAAGCUCUUGAAGUCUUCUAUGAGAUGAACCAUGAUGGUGUGACUCCAAAUUACAUCACGUUUGUUUCAGUCUUAGCUGCUUGUGGCCAUGCUGGCUUGGUGAACGAAGGAUGGUAUUGGUUUAGAGCCAUGGAACACAGAUUCCAUAUACAGCCUGGGCUGGAGCAUUAUAGUUGCAUGGUCGAUCUACUUGGGCGUGCAGGUUUUCUCACCAAAGCUUAUGAUCUAAUCAAUGAAAUGAAGGUGGCACCAGAUUUUGUUGUUUGGGGUUCUCUCCUUUCUGCAUGCAGAAUGCAAAAAAAUGUGGAGCUUGCGGAAAUUUGUGCUAGUAAAUUAUUUGAUUUAGACCCAAACAACUGUGGGUAUUAUGUCUUGCUUUCAAAUAUAUAUGCUGAUGCCGGAAGAUGGAGAGAUGCAGAAAGGAUGAGAAUGCUAAUGAAAAAUCAUGGGUUAACCAAAACUCCAGGGUUUAGUCUAGUUGAGCUGAAAGGUUUAGUUCAUGUAUUUCUGGUCGGAGAUAGAGAACAUCCUCAACAUGAGAAGAUUUAUGCUUAUUUAGAAGAAUUGUCCAUGUUGCAAGCACUCGGCUACACACCAAACAUGACUUCAGUUCUUCAUGAUGUUGGCGAGGAGGAGAAAGCAAUGGUGUUACAAGUUCAUAGCGAGAAGUUGGCUGUGGCUUUUGGGAUUAUGAAUUCUGUCCCUGGUGCAACAAUCCAUGUCAUUAAGAAUCUUAGGAUAUGUAGUGACUGCCAUACAACAAUUAAGCUGACAACCAAGAUUGUUGAUCGGGGAAUUGUUGUGAGAGACUCCAAGAGGUUCCACCAUUUUAAGGAUGGCUUAUGUUCAUGUGGGGACUACUGGUGAGGUGAAACUACUGAGGAAACAAUGAACCCCGUCUCUGUCUGGAACUUCUUUUCAUUUGCAAAUGAUGGUAGUUUGACCGGUUUUUAUGGCAAGAAUUUGUUGAGGUCAGAGAUGGAGGAGUUUCAGAUUUUAAUCUCGGAUCUGGUUAAGUCUUUGAGACUCUUGUGCCUGCUGUGAAUUUAUGCAUUUGGGCGAUCUUCCAUUGCUGAUGCUUCAAGACUUUUUUGGGAAUCACCAAGCAUGAGAGACAUUUGAUGCAUAUUGGAAUUAUUAUCAGAAAUCAAAGGUUAAUAUGUCCAUGGUAUAACAAUUGGUGAUCCCUUGGGUCACUUGGUACCAGCAAUAAAUCUGUUCCUGAUUCCAUCCGUGGACCAUUUUAAGUCUGUAACCAGUCUUGCAGAGUUGCAGUAGGGUUAUUUUUUACCGUAUUUGUUAAGCAGGUGGUUAAUUGUAAAGUUAACCUGUGAAUUUUCCCCAUAAUUCUCUCUUGAUUUUUUCAGUACUAUUUAGUCUGUUACAAUGCAGUAUUUGUUCAUAA